CCCAAGCGCUCCCAUGUUGCGUAGUCUGGAAACCUGACGUGGAUAGAAGCCGCGCAGAAGGAGCGACAACAGUGUGAGAGAGAGUGUGUGUGCGUGUGUGUAUAUGUGUGUGUAUGACAGUGACAGAGUUGCAGCAGGGCAGAUCAGAAAGUGCCUGUGGCUGCUCUCCGCCGAGUCGCGCUCUCCUCUUCAGUCGCACGAGACUGGCGACACGCUCCGAACCUGGUCGGCGACCUGAGGGGUUCCCACCCUGACGACCGGACUUGGGUUUUCGCUGAGAGAAGAAAGGAAAAGAUUUUUUUUUCUUUUUUUUUUAAAAAAAAAGGUGGAACUAAACUACAUUAAUUGACUUUUGAGCGAUGAACUGGCAGCAUGGCCAAGUGGUUCAAGGAGCACCUAGGAUUCAAAACUACCAAAGCACCCCCUCCGGCGCCUCCGAAACCGGACUACAGACACUGUCACACCGGUGUUCCCUGUGCGCCUGGCUUCCAGCAAACAAGCUCCGGGGCCACCUUUCCGAGUCCGGCUCAGCCGGACAUUCUCACUGCUUACAAACUACAAAAAGAUCUGGACUUCGAAGACCCGUACACUUCAGGUGGAAAUAUUUCAUUCGGCUCGAGCUUGAACACUGUGGGGUCGCCGGAUGUAAAGUAUGUGUCACCAAAGCACCGACUUAUCAAAGUGGAAACAAUCGAAAAGAGCAGCCCGGCUCCCGGUGGGGGUGUCACAGUCACCCAAGCCGUAUCUGUAGCUGUAGCUACCAGCGUUAAAUCUCCUACUUCACCUCCCUCGGACCACGACAACAAGGAGAAGCUGAUUAUCCUUGAAGACUACGCAGAUCCUUUUGAUGCUGAACAGGCUGGAAGCACUCAGACCACCACGGAAAAAGUAACAACUGAGAAUGAUGGUUACAUGGAGCCGUAUGAAGCCCAGAAGAUGAUGGCAGAGAUCAGGUCUGGCGGGCGAGUCCCUAAGGAAGGAUCUGUGAGGCAGCUGCCCCUGUAUGACACACCAUAUGAGCCAGCUGAGAACGGUGGAGACUCAGACCCUGAGCGCCUGCGAUGCCCCCGAGAAAGCAGACUGCCCCAAGAUGACGAGCGGCCCCCUGAGGAGUACGACCAGCCAUGGGAGUGGAAGAAGGAAAGGAUUUCCAAAGCCUUUGCAGCUCUGCUUUGUUAUGACUGCAUUAGCUACGAGGGCUCUGUAAGUGGCACUGGAUCAGAUCCCCAAAGAAGAAAGGACUCCACUUCUAAAUCCCUCACAGUAGAGAUUAAAGUGAUCAAGGACCUACCGUGGCCCCCUCCUGUCGGCCAACUCAACAGCAGCCCUCCCCUGGCGGAGGAGCUAGAGUCUCCUUCCCAGACAGCUCAGCCGUUGCCAGGACAGACGAGCUGUGACCAGCACCACCAUGUCCAAUUUGAUGGGGUUGAAAAGCCCCGAAUGUCGCCCACCAAAGACGGGAAAACUCGCCCGCUGCAGCGACAUUCCAGUGGCUGUCUGGUCAACACCAAAAUGACCUCAUUGGACCACUGCAGCUCCUCUCUUGGGGAACGUAUUGACCCCACGAUGCCGCUGGAAAGCCAGUUUUGGUACCACGGAGCCAUCAGCCGAACAGACGCAGAGUCUCUGCUCAGGCUGUGCAAGGAAGCCAGCUACCUUGUAAGAAACAGCGAGACCAGCAAGAAUGACUACUCCCUCUCCCUUAAGAGCAGCCAGGGCUUCAUGCACAUGAAGCUGUCGCGGACGAAGGAGAAUAAGUACAUUCUGGGCCAGAACAGCUGCCCCUUUGACAGCGUGCCUGAGAUCAUCCAUUUCUACUCCAGCCGCAAGCUGCCUAUCAAGGGUGCUGAACAUAUGUCUCUGCUCUACCCUGUAGCCAUCAGGACACUAUAGUGGUCUGGGUAGUGUGCAGGUGUCCGCCCAUGCAGAACUCACUGGGCCACCUCGUGGUUCCACACUUCCCAUCCCUCUGGACAGAACCCAUUAGGCUCAUGUCAUGGGAAGAUGAAUCAAAAACUGCUGAUCCCAACUCACCUCACUGGCUGACAGCUUCUAGACCUGUUUUGAAGGCCUACUGCAUCACAUAUAGAGUCAAUGUGGCAAUUGUUUUAUUAUUUUAUUAUAUUUUAUUUAUGAUUGACAUCCAUUCAUUAAAAGAGAGACUGAUGAUCUAAGGAACAUCAUUUCAGUGUUGAUUGAGCUGAUUACCUUUAGCACUUAAUGCUCAAAGAAAUAGAGGUACAACAUAUCAUCUAGUCACUGGGAUUUAAAUUUGAACACAAACUAUUGUACCCUUUUUUCGUGUGUGCACAUCUUGGCAACUAUUAGAGCUUCUCAUGGAUAGGCUCUGUUCAUACUGUAGUGUUUUUUUUUUUUUUUUAGGGGACUUGAAGAAUGUAAAGGUAGCAACAUUUGUGAUGCAUGUUGAGCGAUAUUGUCCACGCGGGCCCUAUACAGCGGCCAGAAUAUUGAAUAAACUGACCAAAUAUGAAUGGUGCAUCCCCAGCUGCGCGACAACAACUGGCCUGUGUGCUUUGCAGAGUGAUCUCUCUAUGUUGUCAUAGUGCAUGUUGUCUGCUAUCCAUCACUGAGUGGGUGGAUCACACCAGUGACAGUGUAAGUACCACAGUGGUGAGACAGGCAGGAAAGCAUGAUGGAUGGGUCAAGCCAUCUGACACAGUACAAUUGGCUGAGGCUGGAGACCAGAGCCUGUCCAAAUGGGCCAAAUUACCCCAACUACCCCUGCAAAGAAUGGCUUUGCAUCGGGAGAAUGAAAUAUGCCUGCAUUGUCUACCUCAGAAAAUCAAUUUCAUUCGCCCAUCUGCAGAUCAAUAGGUACAAUGAGAUUGCAGAUAUCGAUCUGCUCUCCCUAUGACAUUCCCAAUUCCCUUAAAACUAUGUUGUUGGUUUUAGGAUUUUUUUUUUUUUUUUUUUUUUUUUUUUUGUAAUACACUUCAUCAGAAUGAUAAAAAAAUGAGCAGACUUGUUUUUCUUUCCCAGAUCAUCAAUUGUAUGUAUAGUCUGUUAAAUUACUAUGUGAUGUCAGUAACAAAUGUUUGUUAAUGCCUUAUAAUGCAUGGGUCAAAUCAGUCCGCUAGAUCAGCUAAUUUCAAAUCCUGCUUUUAACGAUUGUUCUGUAACUGUAAUUUAUUCUGGGGUAAUUAUUACUGACAUGCUCCUCAUUUGUGAUUGGCCCAUCGGCCCGCUCGCCCUCAUCGUUCUGUGCCGAUGUGAUUGUGUUGUUCCGGCCUCUUUAGCUGUGGCUCUCUGAAUUUUUGUUGCUUCCUGUUCUGCUAAGUAAUCCCUUGCUUCGACAGCCUAACUCUGACUUGCGUGGUUGCCAAGACUUGUGAGAAGCGAUGGCAUACCCUACCCUCCCUCCCCAGCCCCCCCAACACAUCCAUCACAGUGCAGCCUGUCCGAACCAGAUAAACACCUACCUUCAACCUGUCAUGCUCCCACUUCACAUUAAAUCCUCCAGAUGUCCAUAUGUGUGUGAAUGCGAGUGUGUCAAGUCUAGGUGUGUACGCUUUUUGAAUGCAUAUGAGAAUCCAUGCACAGAUUGUAAGUUUCAGUGUGUUUCCAACCCCACUGGUAUGUGCUGGCAGCUUGAUUCCCAAUACUUUGUUUGCUUUUUGUCCUCCUUCCUGCUUUUAUUUAUGUUGACCAGUUACAUCCAGAAGAAGCUGAGUUGCUAUUAGUGCAGCAUCAUGAAUCAGUCUAAUGAGACUGCCUAAUACAUGACUUAGGAGCUGCCAAAUACAGUGGUUAAAUGAGCAUGUAAGUUGUGUGUGGGGGAGGAUGUGGACAUACCUGAUAAAGGACUGACGCUAGCCAUGAGAAAUGACUUUAAAUCUUUUUUCUUUUCUUUUUUUAGUUUGCAAGCAUGACCUCAAAGUCAGAUGCAUUUUGGCUUUGACUUUAAGUCCACUGUGUGCUAUGCAACUAUCAACUGCAGUCAUUUAAGGGAAAAAAGAUAGUAGUGUGUGCCUUGAAAAAAGGUUUAUGAUAAAUAUGAUGGUACAACAUGUCCACCAGGAGGAGAUGUUAUCAACAGAGUGGCGUGAUUAGUGGUGCAGUAAGUGAGCAGACAGAUAGUGCUGUCAUCAGAUCAGUGUCUUAUGAGGGUGUCUCUUUAUGUUUUAUUGAGGAACAAUACUUUGUCAAAGUGGACCUAUAUGUUUCCUUGAGAGAAAAUCCGAAGAACAAGUGCAAAGUUGGGAAAAAAAAAAACAGAAACAGGAAUUAUGUGCGUGAUUGACAGUAGAGGCUCUUUAUUUAGUUACUGCUGCUGAUGAGUGUUACUCAACUUAAAGAAAGAGCCUGUGUGCGAUGGCCACACUGCCUGGAGAGAAGCCUUAUCUAUGGAGAAAGGAAAACGGGAGAGAUGCAGAGGACGAAUAAGGGAGAGACAAAGGGAAGAGUGAUGUGGCAGGGGGAGGGAUUUGCUGCAGUCAGCAGACACACUCUUGACAUCCUUGUAUUUCUAUUAUGAGACCCUGAAAGAGCCUUCCACCUCCCUCAGAAGUGUCUUAAAGCUUGUGUGUGUUUGCGUGUCUGUAAACACACGGUUGUGCAUAUAUGAAGCAGUGUUUGUUGAGUGUGUGAUUGUAUGUCUGUGUGUGUGUGUGUGUGUGUGUGUGCGCACUGGUGUAAGCAGCCAUCAGCCAUUGACUUGCCCCAAGUGUAUCUUGUGUAUUGCUUUACUGUGGUAAAGUGGCAUGUAUGAGUUUUCUUUGUGUACUUUUUUGUGCCACGUAUGUAUGCACUACUAUAACACAUCUCUGUAUAGUCCCUCAUGGCCAAAUGUAUAUACUGAAUGUAUUGUUUGGGGACGUAGAGGCAUCAUGGUGCAUAAAUAAAUAAAAGUUGGGUUUAUGAGUUUAA